CUUAAGACACUUCGGUAUAGUUGAUGUGGGAAAGAGAAGCAGCAAAACUGGCUGUAUUUUCACGAAUUUCAUAAUUUGUAUGUAGAUAUACAUUGUCAGAAUAUCCAGAAUUAAAACUGUGAGCGUGGAUAAUGUGUUAAGUUUCAGAUGAAAGAUGUGAGCUAACAGAAGAUAAAGUUCCAGGACAACAACACACAUCACUUUAUGGUCUCUUAGUUUCUAACAACUAUUUUUCCGUGAUGGCAACAGAGGACGAAGCCAAUCUGCUUGUCAUCGUCGUGGAUGUAAAUCCGAUAUGGUGGGGCCAGCAAGCUCAGCGUGAGCCAGAGUUCACCCUGUCGAAGUGUCUGGAUGCGGUCAUGGUGAUUGGGAACUCCCACAUGGCCAUGACCAGGACAAACAAGCUGGCUGUCAUCGCUAGCCACUGUCAAGACAGUCACUUCCUGUAUCCCAGUAAGAGCUGGAGAGGUGGGGACAGCGGUGGAGAUGAUGCAUCCUCCAGUGGGGAUGGAAAAUAUGAACUCCUGUCAGUCGCCAAUAACCUCAUUGCUGAAGAGAUCAGGGAUGUUAUGUCAAAAACUGAAGUGAGAGGAAAUUCAACUGAUACUUUGUUGGCUGGAUCCCUUGCCAAAGCUCUCUGCUAUAUUCACAGGGUAUCAAAAGAGCUGGAAGUUGGACAGGAGAUAAAAUCAAGAAUAUUGGUGAUAAAAGCGGCUGAGGACUGUGCCCUGCAGUACAUGAACUUUAUGAAUGUCAUUUUUGCCGCCCAGAAGCAGAACAUCCUGAUAGACGCCUGUGUGUUGGACUCGGACUCAGGUCUCCUUCAGCAGGCUUGUGAUAUAACUGGAGGACUGUACCUCAGGAUACCACAGAAACUUGCCCUGGCACAAUACCUUUUGUGGGUGUUCCUGCCUGACUCUGAGCAGCGUUCACAGCUGGUGCUGCCACCACCUGCACAUGUGGACUACAGAGCUGCAUGUUUCUGCCAUCGUAACCUCAUUGAGAUCGGUUAUGUGUGCUCAGUCUGUUUAUCAAUAUUCUGCAACUUCAGCCCCAUCUGUACAACUUGCGAGACAGCCUUCAAAAUCCAACUACCACAGAUGGUCAAGCCCAAAAAGAAGAAACUCAAACAAUCAACUUGAUUUUGGGGGGGGUUUACACUAAUGUAGUGAAUUUAGUUUCUUUUUUGAUAUUGGUUUUGUUGGGUACACGUUUGUAACAAGCUUCAAUGACAUCCUAGACAUAGACAGCGCUGACUGUCUUCACACAGUUUGUAGUUCAUCCCAACCUGAAUCCUCCCAAUUAUUUCCUCCCUCCCUAAUUUUGGUCAAGAAUAUUUACAAAUAUUUCACAUAAAAUUUUACACAAGUAUUAAUUUAUGUGUGAUUUUGUUCAUAUUGAUAGAAACAAUUGGCACACAACAACUUUUAGCUGUUGAUGAUGUAGGGUAAAGAUAAUCCACUCAGCCAACAUGGAAAUGGAGUUACUGUUUUUUUU